CCGUCACCAAAGUCAGUCCUAAACUUUGUCACAUGAAGCGCAGCAGCAACACGGAGCGCAUCCUCACACAACGGCGGUGACCGACAGAGACAUGCAGUGGUGACCCCUCCGCGGCCGGGUUCCACGCUCUUAUUAGGCUCCAAGAAAAACAACAAAGAAGAAGAAGAGUCAGGAAGAGAGAGAGAAAGAGAGAGAGGGGUGAGCGCACGAUGACAGCUAAAACUCUGGAGAAAGUGCCGGUGAAUCUCGGAGGGUUCGUGCAUCCCGCGGCAGACAGCGUGUACUCUGUGGAUGACAUCGCCGCCUGUCUGCCGACCUCUGUGGCCAUCUUUCCCAACGCCGACCUGGGAGCACAUUACGACCAGAUGAAUGUGGCAGCAGACAGCCUGAUGGGCGCUGACAUGAACGCAGAGAAGCGCUCGGUGGAGCUCUCCUCCUACUCCAGCGGCUUCUCCCAGCCCGCCUCCCAUCGCAACCAGACCUUCACCUACAUGGGGAAGUUCUCCAUCGAUUCCCAGUACCCAGGGAACUGGAACCCAGAGGGAGUCAUUAACAUCGUGUCGGGUAUAUUCAACGUGGCCCAGCCGCCUCCCCCUCCACCUCCUCCUUCCUCUUCAGCAUCUUCCUCCCCGGCUUCCUCUGGAUCUCCUCAUCACUUCUCCAGUGGAGCUUUAAGUUGUACCAUGGCGGCUCAGAGCCAGGCCGACCUGGAUCACCACCAUCACCUGUACUCACCCCCGCCCCCUUACUCCUCCUCUGGCUGCGGGGAGGUGUACCAGGACCCGUCGGCGUUUUUGUCCACCUCUUCCUGUCCCAUAGCCUCGUACCCUCCGCCCUCGUACUCAUCACCCAAGCAGCCCAGCAGUUCAGACGUACCGGGCCUCUUACCCAUCAUCCCUGACUACUCCGGGUUCUUCCAGCCAGCCUGUCAGAGGGACAUGCACCCUGCAACUAUCCCAGAUCGGAAGCCGUUCGUUCCGUGUCCUCUUGAUACAUUCCGAGUCCCUCCUCCUCUGACACCGCUGAACACUAUCAGAAACUUUACUUUGGGAGCUCCUGGUGGCGGCGGCUCAGAAACAGGGCAGCCGCGGCUCUCCUCUGCCUACAGUCCCCAGAACCUGCCUCUCAGGCCGAUCCUGCGGCCAAGAAAAUACCCAAACAGACCCAGCAAAACGCCCGUCCACGAGCGGCCGUACCCGUGUCCGGCGGAGGGCUGUGACCGGCGCUUCUCCCGCUCCGACGAGCUAACCAGGCACAUCCGCAUCCACACAGGCCACAAACCCUUCCAGUGUCGGAUCUGCAUGCGGAACUUCAGCCGCAGCGACCACCUCACCACGCAUAUCCGCACGCACACAGGCGAGAAGCCGUUCGCCUGCGACUACUGCGGCCGCAAGUUCGCUCGGAGCGACGAGAGAAAGAGACACACUAAGAUCCACCUGCGGCAGAAGGAAAGGAAAGCGUCCACGGUGUCCUCGUCCUCCUCCUCUGGAAGCUCCGCGUUGGAGCGUCCGUCAGGCGGCAUCAGCGCAGCCAGUGGGAUCUGUUCCUAGGUCUGCUUUGAAAACUUGUUUCCCUUGGCUGCCUGAGUCACACGGACUCCUUGAAGAACUCUCUUAGUAUCGGCGUGAACGUUCUGGGAACAGAGAGCCGAACACCAAGUUGUGCACAGUGGUGCACUAAGACGCACAGCCAUGCUACUGAACUCACACAGAUGCUUAUACGAAUGCACUUUGCCUGCACAGCCUACUGAAAUAUGAAUAAAUAUAAGUAUAAAUGUUUCCAUUAAAAGGGGAGUCAGAUAUUCCCAGCUCUUUGAACUGUGACACGACCUGCGCUUGUACAUGUAAAAUAACGGCAAUAAUGUUUCAAAGAACUGCGGACACGUUUAAGUUAUUUCAUUUAAUAUGUCUGUUGAUGAGUGUGUUUCUCCAGUGCCUUGCUGUGUCUUUUGUACACUGACUGAUUCAAGGACGCUCCUAAUGCAAUGUAAAUCUGCCCAAUAAUAUGUAAAGUUGGAAGACAUUCUAUUUUUGUAUUCAGUUUUGGUGUCGCUCUGAGUUUCCAUUAAUUGUUGCUCAUGUGUAAAAAGUCUGAGAUGUAAAUAUGUUGAAGGAUAAUAGAGUCGUUUGUUGUGAUGUGUGUUUUAAGACUUAUUAAAUGAACGAGGAUGAGAAACACAAAUGCCGCUUUUAUUCCUCGUGACUGGAGCGCGACGCACCGCGCAGGCAUGCAGAAUAACAACGUCUCAUCUGAAUUUAUACACACAUUUUGAUGUUGGAAAGUUUUAUUGGGCAAAUCCCUCACUGCGUCAUCUUUGGCAUAUCUGACUCAGAGUUUAGACCCACUCACUUUUUAUCUUAGUGUCACCUCAGGUUAUUAUCAGACACUGAUAGCAGGCAAACAUGUUGAAGGUAGAAAGCAAAACAAAACAAAAAAAAAACAAACAAAAAAACAAACAAAAAAAAAUACUGAACGAAUCCGCGCUUUGGCACAGAGAAGCAGGAACAAAGACUGGGGGGAACUGAUAUUUCCAAAAUUCCAAAUAUAGACACCCGAUUAUUUUAAGUAUUCAAAAAAUUGGUGAUUACAGUAAAAUGAGAACGUAUUUGUUUUCCAUAAGGACAACUUUCUCCACACUACAGUUCUGUAUUUAUCAAUUUUCUCUUCUAUAUUUGUCUACAUGUUCCACUGUUGUCAUCGCCUAGAAUAAUAUCUGUUGCGAGAGACAAACAUGGUCGGUCCCAGAUAUUCUUUUACCAAGAGGAACCGCAGACUUAGUUCUGCGCAACCAAACCUCAUUCAGUUAUUUGUGGAUUCAACCGGAUAUGUAACCAAUGAAGUAUCACACUUGAGACGACUUCUUAAAAUAAAAAGAAAAACACUAAAAGCUGGGAUUUCGCAAACAUAAAGAGUCAAAUCAUUUAUUCCGAGGCCGAAAAUAA